AUGAGCGUUAUCACAAACCGGCCCGAUGAACCCUGGACUAUAAAACCGAGCGCCAAGAACAACUACAGAUUUUCCCCAAAAAUCUUGUCAUCGAUUUUGAAAAAUGAAGCUUUUUACUUUUUCUUCGCCGGAGCCGCUCUCGCCCAGGAAGUCGACUCCUUGAACACCGUCGAUGACUCAUUCUCCUACUACUACGACGAGUUCGGUGUUGCUCUUGGAAACGCUACUGAGGAAAAUCGAGGGAAGAAUUCGCUUAUUCGAGAUGAUCCUGGAUCCUGCCUUAUCUGUGACGUCCAGGACGGAUACGACUACAACAGCGCCCUCAAGGAAUGCAAGAGAAAGGGCAAGUUCGUCCAGUGCAACAAUGAAUCAGGGCAAACUUACAAAAUAAUCAACUUUUUUCCUAAUAAUGCUAUUGAGUUAACACCUGGCAUGAUUCUAUAUCAUGUUUACCCUAACAAUGAUGCCGGCGCGACCCCGAACUGGAAUCUCUGCGAACUCACCGAGCGAAGAAACAACGGAAAAAUUCAACUCACCUCAACUUGCAACCAACAAUCUGCUUGCCUUGGGAACCAAAAGCAGAACGAUCACCAAUGCCUUCCUUUUGGCGCAGUUGACCGAAACGGAAUCGAGAAAGCUUCAACUUGCCGACAGUGCUUCGGAGUCGGCCGACAAGUCAACAGCUUCUUGAAAAACCUCAUCUCCGGGAAAUACGAUUUCUCUGAUUACGAUCGGGACUUUACUGGGUACUAUUAA